AUGCAGCACGAGAGCAGCAGCAAACGGGGUCCCACGGCGGGACUCGGGCUCCCUUGGUCAAGUUACAGCCGACUCGGCUUGACUCGCACCUGCGUGUGCGGAGGCGCAGACACGCACAAGGGCUGUGUCCACACGCUGGUGCACAGCAAAGGGUGGCGGCGCACGCGCGAGGUUCCGCAAAGGCUUCCAAAGGCCUGCGGAGGCUCAGCGUACGGCUCAGGUGGGGACACCCUCCGCUGGGGCUCCCCCCCGCCCCCGCGGGAGCUGCCCAGGCGGGCCGGCAGCGCUGCGCCGGAGCCCGGCACGGCGGGGAACGGCUGCCAGGGUUCCUCGCCCGAGGCGCCCACCCAAGCGCGGGGAAGCCGCGGGCAAGGCCGCCCGGCCCCCGGGAGCGCUGCCGGCCGAGCCGAGGCUGCAGGCCGCUCCGCCGCCCUCCCGCCGCCGGCUCGCUGGGCAGGAAGCGGCCGCCACUUCCGGGUCGGCAGCCGUGCGCGGCGGGCCCGGCUGCCCCUCGAUAUGGAUAACAGGAAGGACGAAAAAAGUAGGACACUGUGUGCCACUUCACAGGAAGGACUGAAAGUCCAAGGAAAAGAAAGAAGGAAGCGAAAACGCAGUAGAAGCAGAUCAUCAUCCAUUUCAUCCACAUCGUCUUCUAGCACUGCAUCCACCUCUUCCUCAUCAUCACACUCAUCAUCAAGGUCGUCUUCUUCAAGUAGCAGAGAUUCCCCUAAGUCUAAAUCAAAGAAAAAGAAGAAAGAAAAACACAACAAAAAGAAAAGGAAAAAAGAGAACAAAAUGAAGAAAAAGAAAGAAAAGAAGAAAAAGAAAGAGAAAACAGGACCUGUCCAGCUUUCCAAGUUCUUUAAAAACAAAAAGAAGAAUGAAAACUACAGCAUGAUAACGGGAAAGAAAAUUAAGAUGAAAAUAAAGAAGACUAAGAAGGAUAAAGAGAGAGACCGCAAUCGUGCAGAACUCCUUGAAUUUCUGAACUCUGCCUUAUAAUGCGAAGAGUGCUGUCUGGGGACUUGUAAAUAUACCAAGCCAAUGAUCAUCCUGCUUAGCAAGACACUAAUGGGAAACUCAGGGAAAAGGACACCAAGUUUGACAAGACCAGACUCUCCUGGGAAUACCAUCGGGAUGUUGUUUUUUAAUGGCAAAAUGAAGAGUAACUGAUAACUUGUUAAUGAAGAUCCAUGUCCUCCUUUUGAGAUCCUAAGGUAACAGCCAGGCUGUGGUGUUAUAGAAGAACCUAAGAGUAUUGUUAACAAUGAUAAGAAAUGAUGCACCGAAGUCCAAUAAUGUAACUUCAAUCCUAACUGCAUGCAGAAUGCACUCUUAAUUUCAAAUGUCUUAGUGUUUCUAGUAGUUCAAGCAAAGCAGAGUAUUUGUAAAUGUCUAUUUGAAAGAUGAGGUGUUUCUAUAUGUAUAUUUUUUCCAGUAGUGGUUUUACUUGUCCUGAAAAGCAAGUUUACCUUUGUAAAUAGAACAUGCUUUUACAUAAAUGAUUUUUUGACACUUCA